UUCGGCCAUUUCGUCCGCUUUGGCGUAGGGCUUCUGUGUUCCGCUAGCUGCUCCACCUCGACGACCGGGCACAAUGAAUGAGACCGCUAUUUCAUUCGCCAAGGACUUCCUGGCUGGCGGUAUCGCAGCUGCUAUUUCCAAGACAGCUGUUGCUCCCAUUGAGAGAGUCAAGCUUCUUCUUCAGGUCCAGCAUGCCAGCAAACAGAUCACUGCUGAUAUGCAGUACAAGGGCAUCGUAGACUGUGUGGUCAGGAUCCCUAAGGAGCAGGGCUUCUUGUCCUUCUGGAGAGGAAACCUGGCUAAUGUCAUCAGGUACUUCCCCACCCAGGCCCUCAACUUUGCCUUCAAGGACAAGUACAAGAAGGUCUUCCUGGAUGGGGUUGACAAGCACACCCAGUUCUGGCGGUACUUCGCCGGUAACCUGGCCUCCGGUGGUGCUGCUGGGGCCACCUCCCUGUGUUUCGUGUACCCCCUCGACUUUGCCCGAACCCGUCUUGCCGCCGAUGUGGGGAAAGCUGGCGCUGCGCGGGAGUUCAGUGGCCUGGGAAACUGCCUGGGGAAGAUCUUCAGGUCGGACGGCCUUAAGGGCUUGUACCAAGGCUUCAAUGUGUCGGUGCAGGGAAUCAUCAUCUACAGAGCUGCUUACUUCGGCAUCUACGACACCGCUAAAGGUAUGAUGCCGGACCCGAAGAACACUCACAUUGUGGUCAGCUGGAUGAUCGCUCAGUCUGUGACCGCCGUCGCCGGUCUCACAUCCUACCCCUUCGACACUGUCCGUCGUCGCAUGAUGAUGCAGUCUGGCCGUAAAGGAGCUGACAUCAUGUACAGUGGCACAAUUGACUGCUGGAAGAAGAUUGCUCGUGAUGAGGGUGGCAAGGCCUUCUUCAAAGGAGCCUGGUCUAAUGUUCUCCGAGGCAUGGGUGGAGCCUUUGUCUUGGUCUUGUAUGACGAGCUGAAGAAAGUCAUCUAAGUUUUAAAAAAGGAAAAUUUUUUUUUUUAAUGCCGGAUGUUAAUGUUAAAUGGUAAAUGUAACAUAUCUUGUAAAUUUGGAAGGACUCAUGUUCCGCCUUAUUUAUAGUGAACAACUGGGUACAAUUACUAGUUGGGGGAGGGAGGGGGGGGGAUAAAAUGUGCUUUCUCUUCCCACCCUUCCACGUACACCCACCACCCCAACAAUGUCAUUCCCAUGAAGCAAAUCGGGGACACCUGAGCUCUGCCUGUCACCAGCCAGUUUUUACCCCCUCGGUUUAAUAAAGCGCUACCUACUGAAUUAUA